AUGAAUGGAAUCAAGCAUUUCGGAGCUUCAGUACCUGUGGUUUCAGCUACUGGUGUCUACGCAGCCAGCACUACAAUCUCUACCACCAUCAACUAUACUCCCGAUCACCUCGAUUUUUCUCUUUGCCCCCUCCGGACUACAUUUUCCCGUUCUGGUACAUCCCUGAGUCCUGCUCAUAUUACCUCAUUUGUUUCUGAUUCUUUUCUUCACUUACCUGGGUCUGGCCCCUCCAGCACCGGCACAUCCACAUCUGAUACCAACUUUGCAUCUUUCAGCGCUGAUAAUAAUAUUAAAAGCUCAGAAUUCAAGACUUCCCUUUCAAUUCAAGCUCCCAUGUGCUCGGAAACUCGUCUAUCUGCCUUCUGGCCCACUGAUAAUUGCAAUGCGGAUGAGAACCAAUUCUCACUGUCUCCAACGCGCGGCUCUUCAGUCCUUACUUUACAAGGCCUGGCUGAAGCUCAGCCUUUUGACAGCAGCACUAUUAGUCCGUCGGUUAUUUUCAAGGAUGAACAACAACGUGGGAUAGCUGAAUCAAAGCCAUUAAUGGUAAUGGUCCCGCACUCUCGCGCUAGGUCAAUAGACAGUAGUCCCUUAGGACAACUUCAGACAUGGCCUUUGUGUUCUCUGUCGGACUCCACUUUAACUCUCGUCUCAACAACAGCCCUUUCUACAGCAUCUUCGGCCAAGUCGUUAACUAUUUCCAAAUCGGACUCUCGGCUUUUGCGACACUCGGAAGGUCGUGUACUCUCGGAUCGUCAACCGGGGGACGAACUCACCAACAAAACAGCUUUUUCAGUUGAACUCUUGGUCAAAGAGGACGUCGGAGCUGGUAAAGCGAUGAAUGAAUCAGUGAAUCUCAUUGAAACACCUAUGAUCCAGACAAAGCGGGCUUCUCCCCGUGUACGACCAGGGGUAGGUAACAAAGCAUUUUUUUUGUUUUCAACAUCCAACAAUGGGUCAUUCGCAUAUUUAAUAACUACUUUGUAUGCACGAACAAAGAAAUGUAUGCGAUUUAUACAAUUGAACGUUACCGCCUGUUUGUAG